UCGUCCAAAGAUCGCCCCGUGUCCGGCAUAGUUCCGCCAUACUGGACUCACCAUCGGAAUGCGUCCCGUGCAUCCCAGGCCUCGCUCGAUCGGUUCCCAGCCAUCACACUAGAAGAUCAUACGGAGGACCCGAAUUCGGAGACGAGCCGGGGCCUCUGGGCUCGAAGUGUAUCGGUUAACGAUCAUGUCGUGGUGCAAGGCAAAACUGGCAUUGGGUCCUAUGUGGUCUGGAAUUGCACAAUCCAGACACUGGAGGGUGGCCCCAUCACCAUUCGUAUGAGGUACUCCGAAUUCGAUGAUCUACGAAAGCAGCUUGUCGCAUCAUUCCCACACGCAAAGAACGCCCUCCCGGCUCUCCCCCCAAAGAGCGUUCUCUACAAAUUCCGCCCCUCUUUCCUCGAAUCCAGACGAGUUGGAUUAGAAUAUUUUUUGAACUGUAUACUUUUGAACCCCGAAUUCUCUAGCUCGCCAAUCGUCAAGGACUUCCUUUUUGGCAGAAUG